CGGUGUAAGAGACUACUACAAGAGCUACCCCAUGGUAGAUUACACCCACCGCCAGUCGCCCCCAACUUUCCAACCAAUCAACUUCCACCCCAAGGACAAGCCCUUCCUCCCACCACCUGAUAUCCACGCACCUCUGGCCAUCACCAUCAAUGCCUCCCAGAUCCCCAAACCCAAGAUCUCCAAAACCAACACCCACCCGCUCACGUCCAGCUCAGCCUUCAAAGCAUGGGACCCCAGCAAGAGCCACAUCCAACACCCAACGGCGACCCACAUGAGCAUCGGGGGGCCACCACACCACCCCAUCCAGCAGCAGCAGCACCAGGUUUUGCACCAGCAAAACAGCCGGCGCCAGGCCUACUCCAACAAGAGGCAGUUCAGCAUCGAGACACUGCCUGAGCUCUUCUCACAGCCGCUGGGCUACAGCCACUCUCCACACAUGCACCCCAAACACAAGGGACUGGCCACCAAUAGCAAGACAGAGGUGACGGUGUGAAAGGACACAGCAGAAGACAGAAAUAUCCUUUCAAUCCAAAGCUACGAUGGUGUGUUGGAGCAAGCAAAUAUCACGUCUGGAACUUUUUUAGCUGCAUCAUUUUUAACUAAAGAAAAUAUUCUGUGAUAUUUGUAUAUUUUUUAAGACCACCAGAUCAAAACACAGGCACAUUAGCCUUGAAGGUGAUGUAUUAGCAGGCGUUGGCUGCGACCCUUUGAACCUGGCAGCUUUACUAAAUAAUUAAGUGGCCUCUCGGUGUUUUGGCACACCUCUCCGCUUUGUCUCCUCUUAGUCCUCUCCACAGCAUUCUUCAUGGCGCCAAAGCACCACUCGGCCGUGCACAAAUGGUCAAAUCACACAUUUAGCCCACAAGCUUCAGCUAGCUCCAUCUCUGAGGAUGUAGGAGAGGCUGGUUGGGGUGGGGUUGAGGGGGAGGAAAAGCUUCCCCAGUGACAUUGGCUUCCCCAUCAACAGAGAUAAUGCCAUUGUGUUGUCAGCUCUCAUUGCCCUCCAGCCCUCUGAAGAGUGAGGUAUCAGCCUGGCAAUUCACACCCGAGAAGGAGGCAGACGAGUGUGGGAAGUAUUCAUCUCAUUCCAGAGGCAAAUGCGAUGAGAUGGAUCUGAACCGCGCGCACACACUCACGCACACAAACAUGAUCCACACUCGUCAAACAGUGCAGAAGACUCUGUGCCCUGUCAGAGGUCACGUCAGUCCCCUCUGAGAAAAAUGCUCAUUUUUCUCAAACCGCUAAUUCUCUGGGACGAGGAAAACGAAAACAGCAAGCGCUCUUGUUGCUGUUUGUGAGAGUGUGUUGCUUGAAUCUCAUGCAGCAGUUUUUAUCUCUAAAAGAACUGACUGAAAAUAGGACAGAAGAGCUCUCAGUAAGAUCCUCGGAAAUCUCUGCAUUAGCUUCGCAAAGGUGCCAGAAAAAUGCCAGCUGCAUUUCUGAUAUUUGGAAACGGAUCAUGAGCAUCCUCCGAGAUGCUGCUCUCAUAAUCAAACAGGAAUCAGCAGCAGCACCGAGGAUGGUUUCUGGGUGUUGGGGAGAGAACGCUUACGGGAGCACCUUUUUCCCGGGAUGCUCGAAUGCAACCGUUUGAUGCUUGUUUAGGACUCCUGCUUGCUCUGCAAUUCAUCCCCCUCCCUGCUAAUGAAGUGCCUUGGCACUACAAGUGAAUUACUGCUAGCACUUAAACAAAAAGCUCACAUCACUCCUGCCUCAUAUGCAUUCAGCUUAAACGUGACAGCUGGGAUGUUUUGAAUUCAGUAUAAUCAUUUGUUUGCACCCUCAUAGUGUUGCUGGUCCAGACUCUUGGUCGGGGCAUCCUGUUUGAAGUCAGGAGAUGUCCAUUAGUAGCGCAGUCAUUUACAUCAACAUCUCCUUGGAUGAGAACAUUUAAUGAGCUUAUUUUGAUGCUAGAAGGACGGAUUCGACUGCAGAGGCUUUACAGUUCAGAUCUGUGGACUGAGGAAAACCGCAGUACUUAGUAAGCAGCACGCGUAAACGUGCGAUUGGUCUUUCUUUGCCACCAAGCAGUGCUGAGUCUGUCAUUUAUUACCAGGAUUAACACCGCUGGGUUUAGAUAACAGCUCCGUGUUCUCUGGUCGAAACCAGACCAACUAGACUUCUACCAUUAAACAUCGUUACGGCGCACCAUCACCAUCUGCUGGAAUAAAAUGCAGAUUAGCUAUUUGUUUUUAUAUUUAUUUGCACUGAUUCAGAUUUUAAACACCCCAUAAAUUAAAGUGUUUCUGCAAGAUUACAAACAUCUAAGAACAAUAUUCUGCUUAAAUUAAUUUUAUUGCAUUUUUUAACCCUCCCACUGUCCUAAUGGGUGUGACCUCGCGAGGAAAGUUGACCACUGAGCAGGAUUGAUGGUUUAUCCCUUGAGGUCCACGUGGUAGAGGUGAGGUGGUGCUCACUCCUCACCCCUGCCACGUGGACCCAAGGGAUAAACCAUCAAUCCUGCUCAGUGGUCAACUUUCCUCGCGAGGUCACACCCAUUAGGACAGUGGGAGGGUUAAGUCCAAAAGGGCUCCGUUUGCUUCUAAAUGGUGCUGGCACAGCCCCGCCUUCUGCAGAAAACUCCCAACAAAGUGACGCCAAGCAACCCCAGCUUGUCUUUAGUUACCUGCUACAUAUUUGCGCUGAUUAUUUGAAAGGGCGAAUUUUGGAAAAUUUCCCAGUAAAACUUGACUUUUUAAGUCCUGAGGGGGUGGGACUUGUGUGAUGUCAUCUUCCGACCAUUCAGUUUACUUUGUGGUUGGAUGACGAAUGACCACAGAAAUUUUUGUAACUCUGUUCCAUUCAGUUCUGAAGUUAUAGCAAUUUAAAACAUUUUGGCGAGUGGUCAAAUUUCGAGGCUUGGCCCCGCCCCUUCAACAUAUACGAAAAGUCAGAAUCCUUGUCUCAUUUUGUUCGCCCAUCCCUUCUGAGCAAUUUUACAAAAUCUUUGAGACGAUUGUGCGAAAAAUGAUCGCGCAAUCCAGUCAGAAACGGACCCUAAAAACGGCCAAAACGGCUAAAAAUCGCCAUUUCAACCCAAAAUGGCCGACUUCCUGUUUUAUAUUGACCAUGGUUGCAAGAGGCUUUUCUGUGCAGACUGUUGAGUAGUACCAGUAUACCAAAUUUCAUAACUGUACGAUAAACUAAGCUUGAUGGAGAGGGGUAUUUUUCACUUUCUAUGGGGCUGUCAUGUAUUACACUGAGUCACGUUGUCAUGUGACUCAAGACAUCACCAACCUCUGCACAUCUUUUCAUUUUUUAUUACCAAAUUUAUUGACAUGGGAAAAAUUACAUCAGUUGGAGUCAGAAAUUUCGAUAACAACACAUUUCCGAUUUAUCGCCCGGCCCUACUUUUAAAUAUGCUUCUCUGAAGUCCUGAGUUAUGGUAUGAAAUAUUGGCACAACCCUUAGCUGGCAGGUCAACCACUUGACUGAGCACAUUAUAACAUCUUACUGAAGCAUGAACUGAACUUAACUGAAAAAGUGGUGAAUAUUAUCAUUAUUAUUAUUAUUAUUAUUAUUAUUAU